CCGAAGAAGAAAAUCCAAACAGCGAAUGGCGCUGAGAAGCUCUAAAAAACAUCGAAGUGGAGAUAAAUGUCUUCGCUUUGGUGUUUUGGUUUAUGGUUUCUUUAUUAAAUCAGAUUUCAUGGGCUCCGAUGAGUUCUGUAGGUGUUAACCUGCUGGAUGUUUAUUUCUCUGGGUUGAGCUAAUGUCUGUUAGACGGCUUCUGGUGGGUUGUGACGUGUUGUCUCUUCAAGAUGGCUGUUUGUUUUAUCCCUGCUGCAAAGGCUGCUUCUCCCGUCUGGAUGCAGAGCAGAGAGACUCCAGAUGCUCCAGGUGUGGCUACUGGUGUCUGAGGGAGCAGGUGGACUACAGAUACCGACUAUCACUGCUGGUGGCCAGAGAUGCAGCUACCUUCUGGGUCACUGUGUUUGGAAACAGCUUGAACUCCUUUUUUGGAAUCCAUGCAACUGGAUUACAGAGGUUGGUUGAACGUUCGGAGGGACCAAUGGGACCAUCAGCAAGAUCGGCGUUGUUGUUGCAGGCAGUUGAAGACUGUUUACUUGGUAGACACUUCAUCUUUGGUAUAAAGUUAAGCGGAACAGAAAGAGAACCAUGGCUUAAAGAUCCUGAUGGAAACCAGUCCAGCAGUAGAGAAAGAACCCAGUUUGUAGCCAGUCAGAUGAUUCUUCCCACAGCCUCAGGCCCGACUGGCUGCACAGUGCUCAGUUAUUACCAGCGUCUUCUUCAGAAAGUUUGUGAGAGUGCAGCAGAGUCUGCUCAUCCCAGCCAGACCUUUAAGCCUUUUGCAGCCCCCCUGCUGCUGACUUCUCCAAACAGCACCUUUGAUGACAUCACUCUACAUCAUUCUAGUCUUCUUUCUCAGGCUCUACUUGGAUUCCAACCUACAGAUCACGCACUCCCUUCCACCCCCCCAUGGCAGCAGUCUCUCGGACUUGUGACGUCUUCAGCAGAGCAGGACGAAAAAUCGAGUCAGGAUGGUGGAGAUCGAGACAGCAGACUGACAGGAGCGAGUGUCUCUCUGGAUGACCAUCCCGGCACGAAGGAGAGAACAGCCCCGCUCCAGUUGGGGGGCAGUUUUCACACCAGUCCGUUUUCUACUGGGAUGCCAAACUCCUCUUAUAAAGAAAACAGCUUCAGUCUAUCCCAGCCAAGGUAUAAAAGCUGCAGCCUCACUCAAAAGGAUUUUCCUACCACCCUUCAAACCAAAACACCCUUAUCAAGCUCCCUUAAUUGGAAUGAUUUGCCUUUCUCUGAGAGUCUCACUGAAUAUCUAUGUAAAGAAAACAAAGAUUUUCCGGUUAAAACGACAAGUUUUAAUCUGCAGCAUCAAAAACGAACCGCAGCAACCUUUGAGGAGAACGCCACCCUAUCAGAUGAACCGGCUUAUGCUCGUCAGAGCGCUGCAGAGAUAAACGGCAGAGAUAAACUCCAGGAUAUCACGAAUACACCGGAAGGAGAUCAGGAAUAUGUUUUAUCUGAUCAAGACCGUUUUAACUGUGAUGAGCACCUGAGCAGGUUGGAAGGCGGAGAGAUUUCAUGGGACAAUGAAGCUUUUUUGUCACCCGAAAAACAAGAGCAGCACAGUGAAGCGGACGGUUACAACUGUUCUGCCGACUUAUUCGGUGACUCACUAGUGAUUGAGACGCACACAAAUGCUGGUGCACAGCAUUCCCUCUCAGAUGCUGCUUUCCAUUGCACUGAGCUGAAUGAUCAGCAUCUAAAGAAUAAAAGCUUUGCUGGGUUAAGAUCAACGCCACACAAACAGAAACUUAAAACCAAAUUGUUUAAAAGAGAUAGUUUAGGUCUACAAGAUCUUGACUUUCUUCCUCCUACUCAAUCCACUCCAUGUAUGAAAUUAUGUGCAGCGACACAGUCACACACCUUCACUUCCUACAGAUAUUUAAACAAUGAAUCCUUAAGAGAAAACACAAUGAGAAGCAUGAGAUCCAGCAGGUGCAAGACCAAAAUCACAUCAGGAAGGAGAUCGAGGAAGUCAGAAAAACAAAAAGACAAACAUCCAGUUGGACGACAUGUAAAGCUGCAAAUACAAAGACUGAACUUUGAGUCACCAAGAACAAGCAGCCAGAGACAUGACUCUAAAACUAGCUGUGUGACUGGUGGUGAUUACAAGGAUGGGGAGGGAAUAGUUCCUCCUACUCCUGCUCAUAAAAUGCAGCUAAAUGUUGAAUUCAGAGAAAGACAGCAGAUGGAAAAUGGUCGCAGGGAUUCCUGCUGGAACAGGAACGGUUCUGGAAGCGAUAGGUGUGAUAAUAGCAAACCCCACUGGGAUCAAACUCAGACAGUAUUUUAUGCUAACGAGUCAGUAGGUGAGAGAUAUUUGGAUGGAUCUCAGGAUCAGCCCUCUGAAGAUGUAAACAAUACAUGUGACUGGUCAAGGGAUCUAUUUUCAGACUCCAUCUGAUUGCAUAACUGCAAAAAUGGAUUGAUGUUUUAAGAUGAGAACAGCUGCCUUUGAAUGAAAUGAAUCUAAUGAAAUAUUUAUAUUUAUCUCUGACAUACUUUGUGUUCAGAUUGGAAUUACGGGUCGCAGAAAAAACACUAAUAGGACAAUAUUUAAUAGUAACUAAUUUAACAAUCAUGGCAAUAACUCCUUUUUUUUAAAUAAUUUUCUACAAAUCAUAAAUCUCCAAUAAAUGUUAUUUUGUCGUUAAAAUAUGUUGAAUUGCUUAAGCACAUUUUCCCUUGUGACUUUUUAUGAUUUGUGUUGAUAAAUAUUAAUUCAAACCCUUGCUAUGCAUAUUGUUGGAUGCAUUUGUUAUUAACGACUACUGUUAAGAAUGAAGUACUAACAUUAUGGUGUUGUUUAUGAAACAAAGGUAGGCUGUCCGUCCAUUUAAUGGUCAACUAAACACAUUUUCUGCUGAAUGCUGUCUUGUCUGAUAGAAAUCAUGCUUCUCCUUGGCAGCUGAACAGACUGGCCGCUCCAGGUUCAUGUGUGUACGUGUGCAGCGUCAGUUAUCUAGGGAUAAUUGUGGACAAUGUAAUGCCAAAGAGCUAAAAUUAGCUGUCACGAUGGCUAUGUCCUGGAGGUCUGAGUAAAGAAGAAUAGGAGAAAAAAACCAAGAUCAUGUUACAUGGGUAGAAGUGGAAACUGCACAGCCAGUACACAGCUGGAGUCCCGUGCUGUACUGUGUGUUGCAGAGUAGAGGUUGCUAUGCGGACAGAUGAGUGUGUUUUUGUCCUUUUUUUGUCACGUCAGGACCAGUAAGGGGGGCAGAGGUGUGUGUUUGAAAUUGAAAGAUUCCUGCAGGAAGGUUCAGUUUUUUUUCCCCAGAUUGAAAUGUUUCCGGCUGCUAAUUAGAGAACCUUUUAUCAGUCUUUACCCUAGAGGCAGAAGGAACAAACCUUGUCAGUCGGGUGACUUUUACAACACAGCUAUUGAUAAUUUCUGCAUCCUAAUGAUUAAGUUCUCAAUAGGCGGUGCAGUCGUUUGGUAUGCAGGUAGUUAUUUACUGCUGAAUGAUUAUUUUACGUGGCAUUUAAGGUUAGGUUUGGAUCAUGAUUAUUGUGUUUAAAAACUAAAAAAGUUUAGCAUGAUUUCAUUCAAAUGUUUUAAAGGUGCAUUAAAAUGUUAUUACAGGUUGAAAUGAUUAGAACCUGCUUUCAACCUCCAAUAACACAAGACAAAUUAGAGACAGCAUAUCUAUUUUUUAGUAUCACUUGUAGAACAGUGUCUUGGUUAGAAAUUCAAUUAAGAAACUUGACAGCUGUCCAUUAUUACCGUAAAAGAAUGUUGCUGAC